CGAACCCACCCGUCAAAAAACGCAAACGAUCCGGAGUGCGAAAAAAAGUUACGAGACGGAAAACACUGCAUCUUAAUCGGUGGGGUUUAAAACCAUUCAAAAACAUAUUUAUCGUGUAAAUUGGUUGCAAUUCGUUCUUCUGAAGGAGGAUAUUGCAAAGAAAACGCAACGAUGAGCUCAGAGGAAAGCACAGAUCAGCAGACCGCUAUUGCAGAAGUACCGGAAGAUUCAACAACGGAGGAGGUUCAACAGGAACAGCAACAGUCCGUCAGUGAGUUGGAGAAACAGGAAGAGGAAAAGAUGAAGGCUAAGUACGGGUCGAACGCGAGUAUGGGAGGGCCUCGUGGUCUCGGUGGCCAUUCAGCGUUUCUCCAAAAGCGGCUCCAGAAAGGACAGAAGUACUUUGACUCUGGCGAUUACCAGAUGGCAAAGCAAAAGGGUGGAGGCGUGAAGCAGGUGUUUGCUAACAAAGUACCGACCGGCGAGGCGAUACCGACACCCGAGACAGUGCCGGUCCGAAAGACCUCCAUCAUUCAAACCUGCAACAAAUUUCAGAGCUAAGAUACUUUAAUCCGUUAACGGUUUCCUCGGCGAAAUGCGGAAAAAAUGAUGCGCUACCGGAAAUCAUUGAGAAGGUUUUGGUGAAGGCCACUUUAUUCCGCCAUGGAGCUUUACUGGCCGGCAUUAGCUGUAAAUGAGAAGACGUCAUUCGCAGUACAGAGGCGAUACGAUGUUUGGUAUUUUUCCGUGUUAAAUGUUCUUUUCCACAACGGAGAUUUUUUCUGGUUAGGAAUUUUGUUGUGCUAAAUGGAAAAAUUUGAAAUUAAUCUCAUUCAGUAAGAUUCACGCGAUAACUUUUCGAUAAAAAAUCACAUUCAUAUUGCCCACAAAAGUAAACACAAAUUUUAUCAUUUGUUUUAUAGGCAUAAAACGUCUUCGCUUCUUUCUUUCAUCACGCUCGCUUCUUCAUGCUAGAGUGUUCGAGUACUCGCUAACUUCUUUCCGUCAGGAUACGGCUUUUUUUUUUAUUUUAACUCUUCUUUAUCUUGUAGAACUCCACAAAUAUGCUGAAUUAUUGAUAAACAAACAUUUUAUUAUUGGUAAUGUACUUGUAAACGUUAGACGAUAGGUUUUGAGAGGUCGCGGAACUAAACCAACAGCCACACAAAUGUAAGAGUUUUGGCAUGCGGUUCCCGGUAAAUUGUAUGUGCACCUAAAGUGAACGUGUGUAACCUAUAUAGAGAUAGAAUGUAAACCGAAAAAAGUCAGUCCGUCUCGUAAACCUACUUCCGGCGAAGGUUAGCAAAAAUGUGUACGGUUAUGGAAAGGAUCGAGCACGCAUUCACAACGAUUUGCGCGAUAUUUGAUUAUUGCGAAAAGAAUGUUAAGACGGAGGGGAUGGAUUUUCGGGCAGAUGGUGAAGAAAACACAUUCACGAAUAAAACUGAUGGUAGCAGGUAUUUUGUUAAGCA